UGGGUCUGGGCUUGGCCACGCUCGCUUGCCGGGCCGUGGACAGAGGCGACGUGGCAUCCGCGUUCAGCCCUGCCGGGCUCCGUCCUCCUCGGCGUGGCGCGAGCAGAAGGCGGGGGGCCGGGCGGCCGGGGUCCUGACAGGAAGGGCGACGCUACUGGCGGAGGCCGAGACCCGCUCUAGUCCGCGCGGCGAUGCUGUGGCCGCGGCUAGCGGCGGCCGAGUGGGCGGCGCUGGCCUGGGAGCUGCUGGGCGCUUCGGUGCUUCUCUUCGCCGUGCGCUGGCUGGUGCGGCGGUUGGAGAAGCGGCCGCAGGGCCUGGGCCGGAACAGGACUCCUGCCCCACCUUCUCACGCUCCCGCGGACCCUGGCCCAGGUGCUGUGACAAUGGAGGCUGUGUUGGCGCGUCUGAAACUCUUGAGUCCAGACAACCUUAGAGAAGAGAUUGUCAAAGCUGGCCUGAAGUGUGGGCCUAUCACGGCAACGACUCGGUUUGUGUUUGAGAAGAAGUUGGCUCAGGCUUUGCUGGAGCAGGGUGGGGCUCUGCCUCCCUCCCUUGGCCUUCACACACCCAGCACACUGACCUCUGCUGCAGGCGGCCCUGCUGUGCAGACCAGUUACUCUGAGGACAGAGACUUCGGUUACAACAUGGGCUUGAACCCCCCAGAAGAGGAAGCCAUGAUGUCUGAGGCCUGCUCAGUGCCUGUCAGUGCCUCAGCUGGGAUUGGCUCCAAUAAGACUAGAGAGACUGUUGCCAAGGAACCAGCCCUGUAUUAUGGCGUGUGCCCGGUGUAUGAAGAUGGCCCCAUGAGAAACGAAAGAAUCCAUGUUUAUGAAGAUAAAAAAGAAGCAUUGCAAGCUGUCAAAAUGAUCAAAGGGUCCAGGUUUAAAGCUUUUCCAACCCGAGAAGACGCUGAGAAAUUUGCUAGAGGAAUUUGUGAUUAUUGUCCUUCUCCCAGCAGAGCAUCAUCCCCUCUAUCCCCUGUGAAGGCAGCUCCACCCUUCAACAGCAGUGGGUGGAAAGAUGGUUUGUACUUCUCUGAGUCAGAAACAGUAACCAAAGAGGGAGGAAACAGUUAUAAAAGCCCCCGAACACAGGACCUCACUGCUAAGCUGCGGAAAGCUGUGGAGCAGGGAGAGGAAAAGGCUUUCUCUGACCUCAUCUGGAGCAACCCCCGGUACCUGAUUGGCUCAGGGGAUACUCCCACCAUUGUACAGGAAGGAUGUAGGUACAAUGUCAUGCAUGUUGCUGCUAAGGAGAACCAGGCUUCUAUCUGCCAGCUGACGCUGGAGACUCUGGAAAACCCCAAGUUCAUGCAGCUUAUGUACCCGGAUGAUGACAUGGACAUGCUGCAGAAGCGCAUCCACUACCUCGUGGACCUGUACCUGAACACUCCCGACAAGGCAGGGUAUGACACGCCACUGCAUUUUGCUUGUAAGUUUGGGAAUGUGGAUGUGGUCAACGUGCUUUCUUCACACCCUUUGAUUGAGAAAAAACCAAAGAAUAAAUAUAACAAAACACCUGAAGAGGUAAUUUGUGAAAGAAACAAAAAUAAACCCAUAGAACUAAAAGAGAGGAUCAGAGAAUACUUACAGGGUCACUACUAUGUGCCGCUUUUGAGAGCGGAUGAUACCUCCUCUCCUGUCAUUGGGGAGCUGUGGUCCUCAGAUCAGACGGCUGAGUUCUCUCCUCCUGGCUGCUGUGGAGUUGAUCCCCGGGACCCUGUGCUGACUCUGAGGGCCUUCGCGGGGCCCCUGAGUCCGGCCAAGGCAGAAGAUUUUCGAAAACUAUGGAAAACUCCACCUCGAGAGAAAGCAGGCUUCUUCCACAGUGUCAGAAAGUCCGACCCGGAAAGGGGCAUUGAGAGAGUAGGAAGGGAGCUUGCUCAUGAGCUGAGGAUUCCCUGGGCUGAAUACUGGGAAUUUCUGGGCUGUUUCGUGGACCUGUCUUCCCAGGAGGGCCUGCAAAGACUAGAAGAGUAUCUUGCUCAGCAGGAAAUGGGCAAAAAGGCACAACAGGAACCAGGAAAAAAUGAAGCCUGCCCCCGAGAGAAAGCCUUCACCUCUGGCCGCGAGAAGCAAUGCUGCAACUCUGUAUCUGUGAGGGCAUUUCUAGAUGGGGAUGGUGACGUGAGCCUGGAAGAAACGAAAAACUGGCAGAACACAGCUGAAAGCCACAGCCAACCCAAGGCUGAUGCUUUCAGGAUCUUGGAGCCUGAUGCUAAGGCAGACUGCGUGGGCACCUCAGGCCCAUGCCACACAGUCCCAAAUGGGCUCUGCUGUUCCCUGAGCCCCAACCAGGCCGUGUGUGGGAGACCAGAGACCUCUGGAACAGAGCUGGCCCUUCUGUCACGAGUCUCCAAUUUGAUGCUUGAGUUCAAUAAACUGAAUCUGGAAAAUCAAGGUGGUAGCCUUUCUCAGAUACCAAAUACAGAAAAGAAAACUAAAGAUAAAAGAAAGAACACAGCAGAAAACAGCUUGUCAGCACCUGUCCCUACUGCAGACAAACUGGGAAAUAACCAAACAGUGGCCGAAAAUGAUGUGUCGGCUGUGAUGGUGACUAUGUCUUUGGAUUCUGAGUCCCAGGCUGUGCCAGGUCCUGUGACCAGCUCCACCAGCAGGCUCUUCCUUUGUGGAGAGGAGCCAUGCAAGCUGGACCAGGAUGUCCUGGCGGCUCUGCAGGGUGUGGACAUUGACCCUGACCGAUACCCGGCCGUGCAUCACUGGAGGAGCACUGUGCUGCGCUACUUGCCCACAGACAGGCAGAGGUGCAGAGCGGGAGUAGCUGUUAAGAGUGGGUCUGGAAGGCCAGGUCACUUUUGGCCAAGUCCCGCACUGAAAGGAAAGCUCAAGUGUCAGCUGCCAGACCUCGGCUUCCCCCACAGCACCAGCCCAGGGCAAAGGGCUUCAGCUGGUGGCAGCCCUGGGAGGCCUGGCCAUGCCCCUCACUCCCCCGGCCUGGGCAGCCCUGGGACCUACAGCCCUGUGCACAGGCGCCUACUUCGCCGGACAGCAGUGCCCAGCACCCAGCUUGCAGCCCUGUAGAGGAUGCUCAUUCCCUUUUCUUUCAAAGGAAGAAGGUGACGUGCCUGUUGGGAAGAUUUCGGAAAGGAGCGUAUUCUGAGUUAUGUACAGUCUGCACUUUCAGGGCACAGGGAUUUUAGAAAUGUAAAUGCUCUGCACAGGAGUAUAAGUCAGCUGUGUCAUGGAAGAAGCAGCUAACAGCCACCUGAGAUACUGAUCUUGUAUACUGUUCAUGAUGCAAUGACAACUUCCUGCAGUGCCCCGGGACUCCACUCCAGCUACACAUGAAUGGGCUGCAUUUAGCCCCCUUCUCUGAAACCAGCUUCCUAGGGGAUGAUGACAGUGCCCUGUGGCUUCCCACCUGGUGGCAGCAGAGAGCAGAUGAACUUGACUGUUUUGGCCUUGGGGUUGGAAACUUUACAGACCAGAAGAUGCUAGAUGUGGUGAUGCACGCCUGUGGUCCCAGUGCUUGGGAGGCUGAGGCAGGAGGAUCACAAUGAGUUUGAUGCCCGUCUGGACUGCAUGACACUACCCUGUUCAAAACAAAACAGCAUCAUGCCCCUGGGAGCCAGUUCUGAGUCAUUUCCAUCCUUCUCCCUAGCACUGACCCUAGGGGCUGUGGACACAGAGUAUUAGGGGGGGUCACUAUGUGCCUGCUGCCCUGGCCCCUGGGGAGAUGCCUGGGGGACAUCUGAGGUCUGGUUCAGAACAAGUUCCGUGCCCCACCUCAGCCAGCCUCAGUGCCUUCUGUAAAGCAGUUUGAGCUUUCCUGAAUUUACUGUUUGAAACUCCACAGUGAUCUAAGGUGUAAGAAAGAUUUUUCUUUCAUAAAAAUUCUGAAUUGAAACAUGCUUUUAAAAAAGCUUAUUUCUUGUGAUAAACAGGUUAAACAUGGGAAUUGAGAUUUCAUUUUUAAAACUCAUUUGUUUCAUGAGUGUUUUCAUUUGCUAUGUAGCAGGCAAGAUCUGAAUAUAACCAAUAGUUCAGUAAUUCUAGCCAGGCGUGGUGGCUCACACCUGUAAUCCCAGCACUUGGGAGGCUGUGGCAAGAGGUUCAUUUCAAGUUCAAGACCAGCCUGGGCUACAAAGUGAGCUCAAGGCCAGCCUGAACUGCAUAGUGAGACCCUGUCUCAAAAAGACCAAAAAAAUAAAAAUAAAAAAAUAGUUCCGCUAUUCUAAGAACAAUUCCAUUUUAAAACACAUCUUUGUUCACAACGUGGAGAUUAUACUUAGUGAUGAUCUCUUUAAAUUCUUAUAUAUCUCAGGGCUGGGGGUUUAGCUCAGCGGCAUAAGCGCCUGCCUUGCAAGCAGGCAGUCCUGAGUUCAAUCCCUGGUACCGAUAAAAACCACAAAAAAAAAAAAAAUUCUUAUAUAUCUCAUAUGUUGUAUCUCAAAUAGAUAUUAAAAUACUGUUUUUGCCUUGGUUUUGUAGAUGCCCAAUCUGUAAAGCUCCUUAGGACUGUUUCUCCUUUGUUGUGAGAAGGGUGAUACAUAUUCCCCUAAGCACUGUCACCUGGGGGAUAUGUCCUUUUAAAACCACUUCAUGGAAUAAAUUAUUUUUACACUGUG